UUAUGAAUAAAAAUCCUCGGACUCUGCGAUGUUCCCUUAAAGGAGCUGGACUCGUUGUGGGCUUCAAGGUCCACAAGUGGUCAAUUAGUAGGGAUGUCAUUCUUGGCGCACGACAUCUUGGAUUUAGAGUUGAUAUCACGAAAGAUGAAAGAAGUGGUUCCAUAAAAACAUCUGAUUGCGAGAGUCACAAGCCUUCAAUUACAGCAAGAAUUAUCCGGAAACCCUUCAUUGAUCUUAUUGCUUGGAUAUUUAAUCCUCUCCUGUCCAUGGUUGAACAUAAAGUGGAAAAGGAAUGGCUGGUCCAAAUAACUACAAGACUAAAGGACUUUAAGGCGGUGAUAGUGGCCCUCAAUAACUGUCAGGUCCACAUCUACAAGGAGAAGUACCUCGUCAACGUCAUCAAGACGGACGACGUCGUCACCGGGCUCAAGUUCGGACAGUUUGGCCGGGAGGAGGGAACUCCCAUAAUGACCCUGAAAGGUGGAGGAUUGAUGAUUAAGAUUCUGAAGAGGAAUGCCACGUUUGAGGAGAAGGAUUUGUCUGGAGGUCCCCCCGCCGCUCAGAACUCUCGCCUCAACGUCCCGAAGAAAACCAAGCUGUUUGUGGACCAGACCAUGAGGGAGAGAGACAGUGCUGUCACCAUGCACAGGACAUUCCAGAGGGAUUUGUAUCUACUGAGGUUGAACACACUGAGGGAGUACGCCAAGUCUCUAGACAACAGCAUGAAUCCCAUCUCAUCUGAUCCCACGGAGCCUCUCAAACUCAAUGCUCAGGUACAAGGAAUCGGUCCUACCUUCAAACUGACAGUCAAUCUACAGAACACGUCCCUCAGUCAGCCCUCCACCAGUUUACUGAUUACAUUCUUAUACGAUGAGAAACUGUACUCCUUCAAAAAAUCCUUCAUUGAGGUGCCUUUGCUGGUUCCCGGCCUGAACUAUGCCUUUGAGACGUUUGUUGAAUGUUUGAGUGACAAGGGGGUCUCAGACAAUAUCAAGGUGUUUGUUCUAAAGGAUGGGAAGAGUGUUCCUAUUAUUACAGGCGUCAUCAGCAUGCCUGUCAGUGAGGGAUUGGUUGUGGUCUGGGGUCAACAAAGGUCAACUAAGGUCAUACAUCUACUCCCGCACCAAGAUUAUUUUUCCUUUAUGAUGUGA